UUCAGAUACCUGGCUAGAUAAACCCAACCAAUGCCAACUCCGAAUCUUGAUGGCAAUCCGGUGCUAGUCCAAAAAGUAGUAUCAAUCUCUAAUACACCCAGGCUAGUAGAAUUGCUUGAGUCGAUACAGUGAAUAAACAACAUUAUGGAUGCGACAGCUCGGGAAGAGAUCAAGUCGAAGGUCCUCGCCAACCUAGAGCAGACUCUAUUUGCAGCUGCAUCGUUGCACGCACUUUCGGGUGGCACGGCUAACUUCCUCUACCAUGCAACGUUGAAGAAGUCUCUCCCCGAUGGUACGAUAGACGUUCUCGUCAAGCAUAGCGAGGACUACAUUGCCAAUUCGCCAACCUUCAAGCUAACGCUAUUUCGCUGUCGCAUCGAAGAGGAGUGUUUGAAAGCAUUGUCCGACUUCUCAAUUGAAGAGAAAUCAAGCGACACAGCCAGAUUCAUAGUAAGAACACCUAGGGUCUACCACUUCGACGAAGAACGCAGUACACAAAUUCAAGAGCUGCUGCGCGAUGGCAAAGAUCUAAAAACAUACGCACUCGACACGUACUUGGCGAACACACCUGACGCAGUACGUCCGCAAUGUCUCCAGCUCGGCCGCGCGCUGGGGAAAUGGCUGCGGAGCUUUCACACUUGGUCAGCGACGCAGACGGGGUUGCGCCAGAUGGUGACCGGAAACAAAGAGCUGCAACAGUUGAAGCAUUAUAUCAACUUCUCGUGGCUCCUCGACCGCGUGGAGCAGUUCCCGUCAAUCUUGAGCGAGGCAAAGGGCGUAUUCGAGAACGUUAAAGAAAUGGCAGCGAAAGAGCUUGAGGACGAAAGUCAAUUGCAACCUAUCCAUGGCGACUUCUGGACAGGAAACAUCUUAUUGCCAGACAGGCCCAUUCACGAAAACAGCGACAUCACCAUGUUCGUCAUUGAUUGGGAAAUGGCACAGAUGGGGCUGCCGAACCUAGAUUUUGGUCAGAUGGUGGCCGAGCUGUACGAGUUGAAGCUCUACAAAGACAUCACUGCCGGUCUGUGGAUGGUGCAAGGGUUCGCGGAGGGCUACGGCGAAGUAAGUGACGACUUUGCCUUCCGCACGGCGAUUCAAAUUGGGGCACAUUUGGUUAGUUUUGGGACGUCGGUUCAAGGCUGGGGAACGCCGGAACAGGUGGAAAUGGUAGCUCGCACGGGACGAGAUAUCAUAGUCCAUGCGUGGCAGAAAGACCGCGCGUGGUUUCAGCAAGGUGAUCUGGCGUGUCUGUUCGGCUCGGCUGCAUAAGAGGAGACGACAAGGCACAGCGAAGUUUACAAUUACUGCACCUGUAGACCUAGAACUACACUUAUAUGCUUAUUAAUGAUGAGUGUGUUUCCGGCGGGCAUGGCUUCACAUUGAUAUGUAGUGAAUGGUGUCGUUGGACGUUAAGUGGCAAAGCUACCACAGGGCCGCUUUUAGGGGUUCACAAACUCUGACUGAC